AGAGUCAUUGGUGUAAAUCGUGUAAAUAUUUUCUAAAGCCUAUUUUAGUUAUUAUUUGAGAAGGAAUAAAGAUAGUAUAGUGAAGUGUUUCAGCAUAGGAAUAAAAAUAACUUGACACCAAAAAAUGGCUUCUUUUAAAAGAUAUUCAAGUAAAAACAAUGUUUUAAUUCGUUGUUUAAGGUUAUGGUACUCAACGAGUAAAGAAAAAGUAGAAAAGCAACCUAAACUAGCAGCAGAUGUCUUAAAAUACUUAGAAAAUGACUCAGAUUAUAGCAAAAUAAUUGAAAAGUUACCUAGAUUUCUGUUAAGGAAAUACAAAACGCCCGAGAGUAUGUAUUUAAUAAAUACAAAAACUGCAAAAGAAAUAGCCGCAACUGUUGGAAGUUAUAUAAACGAAGAAUCUCCUGUAGUUGAAGUGAACCCCGGCCUAGGUUUCCUAAGUAAAGAAUUGUUAAAAUGCACUAAAAAUCACCUCUAUUUAUAUGAAACCUCAAGUCACUUUACCCAACACUUAGAAGCAUUGCAACAUGAAAAAAGUAAAAGGCUCACAUACAAGGUGGCAGAUUUCUUUGGAAUGUGGAAGUUAGCAUUCCAGGAUAAGAUGGAUGGAGGAAAUCGAAUCCCAGAAUUAUUGGGUGAUCUUGCAUCCCAUGAUAAAAGUAGGAUUAUAAAGAUUGUUGGUGCAAUGCCUGGUUUAAACUUUGUAAAACAUCUUAUUUAUAAUAUAGUUUUUCACAAUGAUACAGACCAGCUUGGAAGGACUGACCUUUUCAUUACUAUGCCAGCUCAUCACUACAGGUAUCUUACAGAUAAUGAUGUACAAGAAAGGAAAUUCAAAACAAUACCAGCACUAUUUCAGACAUUUUUCGACUGCAAGGUUUUAAUUAAAGUCCCUAAAGUACACUAUUUACCUUGGACUUAUCCACCCAGUGGCAAAAAAGCUGCAUUGAUGGACGAGUAUUGUUUAUACUUAGUGAACAUCACUCAGAAAGAGAAGUUGCCUUGUCCUUCAGAUUAUUUACCACUUUUAUGGUAUUUUUUCAAGCCACAUAUAUGUACAAAGACAACCAAAGUUAUACCAAUGUUAGAACAAUGGAUUCCUGGUUGUGGAGUUUGGUUGAUCACGGGACAAGAUCCACCGGAUACCAAUAAAGUUUUAGGUCCAAAUAAUGAGGAUGCUCCACUACCACAUAUGACAAUAUUUACUGAAUUUGGUGAUCUCAAUUUAAAACAGAAAAUUACUGUUUUCAAGAGAUAUAUAUCAUGGCCGGAAUUUGAACAAUGUCCAUUCAGAGUGACAAUGGAAAGUAACCUACCAAAGUCCAUUUCGCAAAUCGAAGAUGACGAUAAAAGAAGAUUGAGCACACAUUUGGAUGAUAUAGAUGUUUCGGAUGGUGAAACUGAUGAUCAUGAAAAAUAAAAACU